AUGCAUACCAUAAAAAAAGAGCACAAGUGUUUGAUAUGCGGAAAAACAUUCCGUGACAGGUAUAACCUUACCUUACAUUCAGGAGUUCAUACUAAACCAUACAAAUGUGAGAUAUGCAAUAAAAGCUAUAGUCAAAGUUAUUAUUUUAGAAAACAUCAUCAAAAGUUUCAUACUGGAGAAAGACAUGAUUGUGCAGUUGAAUAUAAAGAUGGUAGAAUUCAAACUAAAGAAAAGCCAUUCAAGUGUGGGAUAUGUUCUAAAACAUUUACCCUAGCAAGUUCCCUAAUGAGACACAUGAGAAUUCAUACUGGAGAAAAACCAUUUAAAUGUACUUUAUGCCAGAGGUCAUUCCGUGGAAAGUAUAAUUUGAACUUACACUUGCAAAUGCAUGGAAGAGAGAAACCAUAUAAAUGUGGAAUAUGUAAGAAAACAUUCCAUUUUGCUUAUUUUGUUAAGAAACACAUGAAACUGCAUACUAAAAAACCAUUCAUGUGUGAUAUAUGUGGAGAAUUGUUCAGUCAUUCUGAUGUUUAUCAGAAUCACUUGCAGUUUCAUAGUGAAGAGAAAACAUUGAAAUGUGAGUUGUGUGAGGAAACAUUCAGUCAUUCUGAAUUUUUUCAGAAACAUGUACAAAUUUAUGAAUGUAGGAUAUGUAAAGAAACAUUCUAUCAUUCUGAACCUUAUAAGUUACAUGUAAAACUUCAUACUAAAGAAGAAACAUUCAAAUGUGAGAUAUGCGAAGAAACAUUCCAUCGGUCUGAUAUUUAUCAGAAACAUGUGAAACUUCAUACUGAAGAAGAAGCAUUCAAAUGUAAGAUACCUAAAGAAACAUUUUAUCGGUCUGAUUCUGAUGUUAAUCGGAAACACAUGAAAAUUCAGACUGAAGAAACAUUCAAGUGCGAGAUAUGCAAAGAAAUAUUCCAUCGGUCUGAUGUAUAUCAGAAACACCUGAAACUUCAUACUGAAAAAGAGACAUUCAAAUGCGAGAUACCUGAAAAAACAUUUUAUAGGUCUGAUGUUUAUCGGAAACACAUGAAAAUUCAGACUGAAGAAACAUUCAAGUGUGAGAUAUGUGAAGAAACAUUUCAUCGGUCUGAUAUAUAUCGGAAACACGUGAAACUUCAUACUAAAGAAGAAACAUUCAAAUGCGAGAUAUGUGAAGAAACAUUUCAUCGGUCUGAUGUUUAUCGGAAACACAUGAAACUUCAUACUAAAGAAGAAACAUUCAAAUGCGAGAUAUGUGAAGAAACAUUUCAUCGGUCUGAUAUAUAUCAGAAACACAUGAAACUUCAUACUAAAGAAGAAACUUUCAAAUGCGAGAUAUGUGAAGAAACAUUUCAUCAUUCUGAUUUUUUUAAGAUUCAUAUGGAACUUCAUAAUGGUGAUACAACAUUCAAGUGUGGUAUGUGUGAGGAAAUAUUCAACUGCCCUGUGUCACUAAGGACUCACAGGAGAGUUCAUACUGCAACAAAACCUUUCAUAUGUCACUUGUGUUCUACAACAUUUACAUUAAAAGUCGAUUUUGACAAUCACAUGAAGAGUCAUGAAGAUGGAUUUGUUAUAUAUGACAGUACAUUCUGUUUACAAGAUCAUACAUACUCCAAAAAUAGACAGUGA